AUGAGCGACGAGAAGUUCGAUUGCGGUUUCGAGAUGUUGCAAGUGAUUUAUUUAAGUAGCGGAGAUGACCUGGAGCAGGUGGCGGCGGGGAACCCCUUCAAGUUUUGGGCAUUCGAAGAGUAUUGCGAACGAGCACGAGCAGCCAACGGUGGCCGGUCCACCUCCUUUACUGUCCGCUUGACUCGCGAGUUCUUGGAGCAGCAGCUUCUGUUUGGGGGAAUCAACUUCGAUCCUCUCUUCUGCACUUUUGCCCUCUACCCUGUGGCCGCCGCCGCCGCAAUCGCCGCCGCCCAAACCUGCACUACCCCGCUCUCCCGCAUCGUGAUCCUCUCUCAGCGAGACGCGGCGGAAGGAGGACGAAGUGCGGCGGACGACGAGGCGAGGCGGGAGGCCUGGCGGGUGAUGCGGCGGACGACGAGGCCUGGCGCGGCGGCGGGACUGGAGGCGUGGCCGCCGACGUGA